AGAUUGACAACUUAACAUGUCCACCACAGCACUAACACUAUUACAUCCUUUAGUUUAAGAGUUUACAGGAGCACAAAUGAAGAUAAGGUGAAUGUACGUCACAGCUGGCAUUGAAGUCCUGGCCCUGCGAUGAAAUGGGCGUGGAGUUGCCGAACACAGCGGAAACAGACGAGUGUGGAAGCACGCUGUGAGCGGCUCGCGACAGUCAACAGAGACUCAGAGCGGAAUAACAUGACAGAAACUGGACGCAGCGAGUGCGCAAAGAUGUGCGAAUGAUGCUGGAGGUUGCCUCCUGUGUUUAAAUUUCAGUUUAAAGGAUCUUCUGAAAGUCUUCCAGAUGUGGCAGAGCUGAGACUUGAGCAUCAUGUUGGAGCCUUCAGAGCCUAGCCAAAAGAUCGCGGAGUGGCUGUCCACCCUCCGCCUGUCCCAGUAUACCACAUGCUUCCAGAAAAGGGGUUAUCAAGUUCUGGAUGACUGCAAGGACCUCACAAAUGAGCUCCUCCUGGAGUUUAACGUGCUUCCAACAGGCCAUCGUAGGCGCAUCCUCCGGAGUUUAGAAGCACUAGGGGUGAAGCAGCCGAGCGAUGGAGAGGAGGAUGAAGAGGAGGAGGGAGGGGUAGAGAACGGGAGGUGCAGACGGAAGCCUGUGCUUUACCCAAGACAUGUCUUCCUGAAGGAUAAAAAGAGGGGGACUUCAUGUCAGCACCAGCAGCCAAAGGAGACGAGCGAGUACGAGUGUGAGGGCAGUCAGACUUUGCCUCCAGGAGCAGGACUGGGAAGAGAAUUACCAGACAUCCCAGAGAGCAGAUACUUUCGCCCGCCUCAGCCGGCCCUGCGCAAUCCCCAGAACAUCCAAAGGUCGCUGCCUAAACAUAGCUGUGUCCCUGCCUCCGUAUCCUCCAGAAGCAGCAGCAGCUGCAGCAGCAGCAGCAGCGAGUCCCUCUCCAUAUCGGAAAUGCCCUCAGACUGGGAGAUUUCCUCAGAGGAUCCCUCACUGUCUAGCACCGACUCUUUCCCCCGUACAGCGGGGGUCCACCACCCAACGCUCACUGAAGGCAAUUGUGGUUUUCAAGGUGACAUGGUGGAAAACUCCAUCUAUGAAGCACAGAGCAGUUUCAAGGUUCCUGUAGGUCCACAGCUCACUCGCUCCUACCGGCUGAGGCACCGGCCUGUCCCUGAAAUCCCGACUCAGACCAUUCUGCCACUUCUUGACAGGAGCGCACCAUCAGCGCAAACAACCAGCCCUGAACACCUAACCGGCUCCGAAGGUCCCAUCGGUGCAAGCAGCAUACAGAAAGCUCCACUUCAAAGAACCUUGACGCCGAUUGCUCCCUAUGGAGAAAUGUUCCUGUACAACAACCCUGAAAGCACUCCGGACCAAGGCGCUAAAGAUGGGUUGCAGAAGGGUUUUAAGGGCAAGAUAAAACAGAAGAAACAGAGAAAAAAGACGAAUAAACGGAAAGAAUCCAAAGAACAAAGGUCUCCCCCUGCUCCAACUAUCCCAGACUCCUACAACGAGGAAUACUCAACAGUGAACAAGUGUGCCAGCAUUUUGCCACGAGCCAGUUUGGACCAAAGUUUUCUAGUGAGCUCUGAUGGUCAGGCUGUGGGACCAACUUCCUCUGGACCUAAAGAUGGCUCUUUAACCAUGGUGGAGUGUGACCUCUACUCGGAGCCUGCAGACGCUAUGGGGGUUGUGACUAAAAAUGCACUGCCUGAUAUUUCUCCAUAUGCAUGUUUCUAUGGAGCCCCCAAACACCAGGUGCUCAAAGUGGGUUGGCUGGACAAACUGUCGCCUCAAGGAAAUUGUGUUUUUCAACGGAGGUGGGUGAGAUUUGAUGGCGAGAGUCUGGCGUACUACAACAAUGACAAGGAGAUGUACUCCAAAGGAAUGAUCCUGGCCAGUGCGAUCAGAAAGGUGCGAGGGCUGGGUGACAACAAGUUUGAGGUCGUCACCUCCCUUCGAACCUUCAUAUUCCGGGCUGAAAGAGAAGGGGAGCGCCAGGAGUGGAUGGAAACUCUUCAGACGGCCACGCGCCCCCCUGCCUGCGGCUCCCAGAAGCGCUCCGACAGCCUCUCCCACCCCUCCUCCGCAAACAAGCGAGGCUUGCUGGAGCUCCGCGGUUACAAAGGCAGAGUGCUGGUGUCCCUGGCGGGGAGUAAAGUCAGGAUCUGCAAAACAGAACAGGAUUAUAAAGCGGGCCUGGCUAUUGCUGAAGUGGAACUGACUGCUGCCAACAUUAGAGACGUGGACCGCAGGGGCUUCGAAAUCAACACACCCUUCAAGAACUUUUGCUUCACGGCCGAGUCAGAGCAGGAGAAGGAGGAGUGGAUUGAAGCGGUCCAGGAAUCGAUUGCUGAGACACUCUCCGACUAUGAAGUGGCAGAGAAGAUCUGGUUCAACGAGGCCAACAGGAGCUGCGCCGACUGUCGCGCCCCACAGCCGGAGUGGGCGUCAGUCAAUCUGGGUGUGGUCAUCUGUAAGAAGUGUGCAGGGCAGCACCGCUCCCUUGGCCCAAGUAUUUCCAAAGUGCGCAGCUUGAAGUUGGACAGCAGGAUCUGGAGCAAUGAGCUGGUGGAGCUCUUCCUGGAGGUGGGGAACAGGAAUGCUAACAGUUUCUGGGCUGCUAACCUUCCCUUGGAGGAGGAACUCCACAGCUGGGCUUCGGCGGAGCAGCGCGCCACGUUCAUCCGCAGGAAGUACCGAGAGAGGAAGUACAGCAGGGUCCUGGAUGGCUUUCAUUUAGAACAGCUGAACCAGGCGCUGUGUGCAGCUGUGGUGUUGCCUGACGUGCUGCAGACCAUGGCUCUGGUGUUCAGUGGGGCAGAUGUUAUGUGCUCCACCGGGGAUCCAACCUCUUCAACCCCGUAUCUCUUGGCCCAACGUGCUAGACAGAAGCUACAGAUGGAGUUCCUGCACCAGAACAAACUCUCUGAUUUCCCCAGACCCGAGCAGUGUUCGGAGAGCACCUUCCCGUCCGACGCUUCCCCCUUCAUGGAUGGCUUCCUCUACAUCUCCACUGGCCCUGCCAAGACAACGCUGGACCGUCGCGGAAGAGAUGACAUGGCACGUCGUUGGUGUACCUUGGAGGGCAGCUUCCUGAGUUACUACGAGAGCGAGCGAAGCCCAUCAGCAAUCGGCAGGGUGGACGCCACUGAGGUGGUUAGCCUUGCUGUCAGCAACACAGCAAUGAUGACUGGAGCAGGGGCUGUGUUUACCGUGGAGCUGUACCUGCAGACGGAGCGAGUACUGAUUGUCGGUGCUGAAACACAGGAAACACAGCAUGACUGGAUCCAGGCACUAACAAAGUGCUUCAUCCCGUCCAAAGUCGAGGGACUGGUGCACAAAGACGGUGAGCUGAUUGGCAGACUGCACUACAAAGAAGGCCAUGACCUGUACCACUGGAGGGUGGGCUGGUUUCUGCUGCGAGGCUCUGCCCUGCACUUUAGCUCAGGAGAGGAGGAGGGGGAGGAAGUUAUUCAACUCAAACAGCUACAGGAGCUCACUGUCUCCACACAUACGGAGGGUGAGGACAGGAUCCAAGUCCUGCUGAUGGUGGAGGGAGGAAGAACAGUUUACAUCCAUGGCUUCAACAAGAUGGAGUUUGCACUGUGGCACUCUGCCAUCACACUGGCUGCUGGCACAGAUGGCAAGGCGCUCAGCGACCAACAGCUGACUAAAAAUGGUGUCCCUAUUACAGUUGACAGUUGCAUUGCUUUUGUCACCCAAUAUGGUUUGUGCCAGGAGGGGGUCUACCAGAAGCAGGGGGACCCUGGUCGAGUGGCCCUGCUCCUGAAGGAGUUCACCCGCGACGCCCGUAAUGUGAAGCUCAGGGAGAAGGAGCAGCAGCUGGAGGAUGUGACAGACACCCUGAAGAGAUUCUUAUCUCAAGCAGAGGAUGCACUACUGACCAAGGAGCUUUAUCCAUACUGGGUGUCAGCUCUGGAUGAGAAGGACGAGAGGCAGAGGGUAAAGAAGUACUCUACUUUCAUCGAGACUUUGCCAAAGAUAAACAGGUCAACCCUUGAUGCUGUGCUACAACAUCUCUACAGGAUUCAGCAGUGUUCCUACCUCAACCACAUGUCAAGUGAAAAACUGGCCUCUGUCUUCUCCUCCUGCUUGUUCCAAACUCGGGGACAAACCCCACAGGAAACUACUGUCAUCUGUGACCUCAUCAGCAACUACAUUACACUCUUCAAUGUCAAUGAAGACCGGGUGCAACAGAUGGAGAGAGAGAAUAGUUUCAUCACACGCUGGAACGACAAGAAGGACACCACAUUCUCCCCAGCUGGGGACUUGAUCUUUGAGGUGUACCUGGAAAAGAAAGAGCCAGAGAACUGCUGUUUAAUCAAGGUCUCUCCCAGCAUGCGAUCAACAGAGCUUGCAGAAACUGCACUGAAUAUGAGGAACGUCACCUUUAGUGCUGAGGACUUCUGGACCACCUUUGAAGUCAUUGAGAAUGGAGAGUUAGAGAGGCCGCUGCACCACAGUGAGAAGAUUCUUGAACAGGUGCUUGAGUGGAGUACUCUGGACAGCCCUAGGUCUGCUUUUCUUGUUAUAAAGAAGUUUAAAGGGGCCAAAAGAGUUGCUGAUGAGAAAGUAGACCAAAGGCAGGUUAUAAAAGCAGACUAUCUGAAGUUCAACGAUGGAUCCACCAAACUGCUGUCGGGGCACAAAUUUCAGGACAAAUAUGUUGUACUACAUGCAGAGAAGCUGCUGCUCUACAGAGAUAUCAAAGGCACUAAAGCAGAGAAAGUGGUCCAACUCAACUCGGUGAAAUGUUACCUGGGCCUGAAGAAAAGACUGAAACCUCCAACCAGCUGGGCCUUCACAGUUUCCACUGACAAACAACAAUGGCAUUUCUGCUGCGAGACGAGGGAGGCACAGGUCAGCUGGGUGACGGACAUCAUCAGGAUGAAGUACGGUUCUGACCUCUGUUCAAAGACCAGUGACUCAAAAGAAGCUGCAGAUAACAAAUUGUCUGGAGGGAGAGCUUUAACUGAAGGCCGGAACAUUCCAACUUCAACACUCAACCACAAUACCAAUAAACAGCUGUCAGACAAGAGGAUUUAUCUUGUUGAUGGCAACCCAAGGCCCACCAAGGGCGCUACUCUCCCCAACAAGACAAUCACCACAGCCAGUUGCCCGAAGCACAAUGACAUGCUCAAGGCCCCAGAAGUCCCACUCAGAAGAACUUCUGUGGAUGCAGGCCAGCCUCGACACCUCCCUUCCCCAUCCCCAUCCCCAUCGCCAUCCUUAUCCAGACACUCCCAGCCUUUGGCUUUGCCUGUUCCUCCUUUGGGUAGCAAUAAGACCCUUGGCAGGAGACCUGUUCUGGGUGGGGAGGUUCUGAUGCCGCCUAAUCUGAUGAAUGAACUUAACUUGGUGCUAAGCAAGACUAAUCGCAGUGCCAAGAGCAAUGACUGACAGGAAGUCAGGAGAAAGAGAGGUCAAUUUGAAAGGUAAGACAAACAUUCCAGGGCUGAGUGUGGAAAGAAAGACAUGGAGACCGACAGAGAAAGACCACACUAUGCAGAUGGAGCCAAAGGAAGUUACUUUUAUAAGGGGGUGGGGGAUCAGAGCCCAAAGACUGCUUUUGAACUUGGAUAUGAAAAGGGAUGCUGAUGCACAAGGGGAUGUGGAAAACAGGUGCAGAAGACAUUGGAGGUCAGGGAGACCUCAGUUGGACAUGGCGCUGGCCCAAGCACUACAAAGCAUGAUUUACUGUAGAUGCCACUUUUCUAAACCUAGAGAAUGUUACAAAAAUAUGUUCAGCUGUCAAAGAAAGACUCCAAAGUGCUUGCUUCAUGC